CUCACAGUGAGAACCACAAGUUUCACGACAGCACCCCCCUCCACGACAGCCCAGGACAACAAGGCAAACAAACAGGAAAGCGGGGGAAAAACAACAGGCUCGCACUGACUGAAACUGUUAAAGGAAUUUACUUUGGCGCAACUCGCGCAAAAGCGCACUGGCCAAUUUGGUGAAGGCUUGAACUUCAGUGGCAACAUCUGAAUUUUCAUUUCCAAAGGACUGAGCAAAUAAUGUUAAAAAUGACGGAGGAGCAUGACAAGUGUGUCGGUGACCAGCCAUGCAGUCCAUCGGGUACAAACAGUUCCAUGUCCCAGGACGAGUCCGACUCCGAUGCUCCGUCCUCGCCGACAGGCUCCGAUGGUCAAGGAUCCCUGCUCGCCGGUAUGGGCAAGAAACUGGACUCCGAAGAUGAUGAAAGGUUCCCUGCGUGUAUACGAGAUGCCGUCUCUCAGGUCCUAAAGGGGUACGACUGGUCCUUGGUGCCAAUGCCCGUGAGAGGGAACGGAUCCCUGAAGAGUAAACCUCACGUCAAGAGACCCAUGAAUGCGUUCAUGGUCUGGGCGCAAGCGGCCCGCAGAAAGCUCGCGGAUCAGUAUCCACACCUGCACAACGCAGAACUGAGCAAGACCCUGGGGAAACUUUGGCGCUUGCUUUCAGAGAGUGAAAAGAGGCCAUUCGUAGAUGAAGCAGAGAGGCUUCGAGUUCAGCACAAGAAAGAUCAUCCAGACUACAAGUACCAGCCUCGGAGACGGAAGAAUGUGAAACCAGGCCAGAGCGACUCAGAUUCUGGAGCAGAACUGGCUCAUCACAUGUACAAAGCUGAACCAGGGAUGGGAGGACUGGGAGGAAUGAGUGACGGACACCACCAUCCUGACCAUGCAGGGCAGCCCCAUGGUCCACCUACACCACCCACUACUCCUAAAACAGACCUCCACCAUGGGGUGAAGCAGGAUUUGAAACAUGAAGGCCGUCGACUUGUUGACAGCAGCAGGCAAAACAUUGACUUCAGCAACGUAGACAUCUCUGAGCUCAGCACUGAUGUCAUCAGUAAUAUGGAGACCUUUGACGUUCACGAGUUUGACCAGUACCUCCCGCUCAAUGGCCACGCCUCAGGCUCCUCAGACCACAGCCACAGCCAGGCUCCACUGCCUGGCAGCGCUUACACUUCCUCAUACAGCCAUACAAGCAGCAACGGGUCAACGUGGAGCCGAAAGAGCUCCAUGUCCUCCUCCUCUCCCUCCACCGGUGAGGUGGGCCAGCACCGUCUCCAUAUUAAAACAGAGCAACUGAGUCCCAGCCACUACAACGAGCACUCUCAUGGCUCUCCCUCACACUCUGAUUACGGCUCGUACAGUAGCCAGGCUUGUGUCACAUCAGCCACAUCAGCUGCCUCGGCCGCUUCCUCUUUCUCCAGCUCCCAGUGUGACUAUACUGACCUUCAGAGCUCCAACUAUUACAACCCUUACUCUAGCUAUCCUUCUAGCCUUUAUCAGUAUCCCUACUUCCAUUCAUCCAGGCGGCCCUAUAGCAGCCCAAUCCUCAACAGUCUGUCCAUGGCUCCUCCUCACAGCCCCAACGCAUCCAGCUGGGACCAGCCGGUCUACACCACACUGUCUCGACCUUAAGAGUACAGAAACAGCCCGUUCGCACUGGAGACUCAUUCAGAUCGAUGCACUACUAACGAAGGAAGUAAGGAGGAGACGGAGUAGUGUGCGUAGGGGCUAGUAGGCUAAAUGUGACCAUUUGAACCUGAGACAGACAAGAGAAAAAAGUGCCUGCUGAUUUUAUACAGAGUUCUAUUGUUGCGACGAAAACACACUUGUACAGACUUUUUACACAAAGAGAAAUUGUGUUGUUGGUGAGCCAGACUCCUCCAUGAGGACAUAUCGCCUACGCCUACAUCCUGUACACCCUUCUUUCCAGUUAAAGAUUGCAUGUGUGUGCACACUUGAGGUAAAGAAAAGGCCUGACGCUGAAUCGUGCAGGACGGAAAUGGUUUGGCCAAACUCUGUGAAUGUACACAUGACCUAUAAUGUGCAUUUUCAGUAACACUUACCUUAACGGCCAGAGCCAUGUCGCUGCACACUGUUUGCAUCAGUGGAUCAGUCUUAAAUAACUGGCUCCUAUGAAUCUAGUGUCAUUUUGGCAUAAAAGUCUUAUAUCUAUUUAUGUUCAAUCAUUAUUUGGUUUUGUUCUUAAGUAGAUGAACACAUAUAAUGUGGGUUUGGUUAUUUAGAGUACUGUUUGGCUUUCAAUGAAAACUAGGUAAAUAAGGUGGUACAAGUGCCGUGUUUGAUAUUAUUCAGUUAAAGACCAAUUUUUCCAGAAACAUCUCCAUUCCAAGUUGCACACAAACAGACGGGACCAACAGACUCGCACAGGACAGAACAGGUGUCUGAAAUCUAUGCUUGGCAAAUUGCGAUUAGUCAUGAUCUAGGGUUAAAGGAAAUGGGGUAAAAUAACACCACACACUCUGAGUGACAUGUCAGCUGGAUCUCGUGUAUAUGUCGAUGGACAACACAAGACUACGUCUACGUACAUGCAUCCGCGCUGGUGUGUCAGGGAGAUAAUGUGGUGUCAAACAUGCACAUGCAUGCGCGAGCCAUUUCCUUGGGAAAAAGUUGCAUAUAUAACCCGUGACACAAAUUAUACGUUUUUUUGUUUGUUUUUUAAACUGAAAUUCAUCUUUUAACUUUUUCUCAAACAAGAGAAUUUAGGGUUUAAAAGUGAAAUUAAGUGUGCGAGUAUUUGCCAGUUUAUCAUCAACCAUUAAGUGCCAACUCACUGCUGCAGUCGCAUAAAACAUUUUUGUGCCUUCUAAUGCUUAUUGUCAGUAUUUUUAUAUGACAAGGAAUUAUUAACAAACUUCGGGCAGCACACAAUCGGUAAUCAACACCAGAGACUCCAAGCAGUUACCUUGCUUCUGGCUAUGUCCUUAAUUUGAUAUCAUUCCUUACAGCCUUGGUUUGUAAUGUUGUGUGACAUGCUGUAUGUGAAACGUACAGAGAAUCAUGCUUUUGUCCGCAGAACUGUGUUUUGUAUCAUUAUGGUGUAUCAGUUUUUGAGAGAGGCUGUGAAAAGAAUUGUUGUUCUAUUAACUAGAGUUUCACUCGCACAUGCACAGCUAACUCAUGCGCUGAUUUUUUUUUUUGUAAUAAAAAACUUUUUGUUGAUA